GAUCGCAACAAUAAUUGAAUCCUAAAGAUGACACUAACCAAAACCGUUGAUCAAAUGACAAUUUUAAGUGGAGAUCGCUCCAAAUUAAAAGAUUUACUAUGCAAUCGUUUGGCUGAAUGUGGAUGGCGGGAUGAGGUACGUCUGCUCAUACGUGGCAUUAUCAAAGAGAAAGGUACAAAUGUCAAAGUGGAACAGCUAAUAACCGAAGUAACACCCAAAGCAAGAACGCUCGUUCCGGAUGCUGUUAAAAAAGAACUCCUUAUGAAAAUUAAGGCCAUUCUGGCUGCACAAGAAGGCAUAGAUUUAUAAUAGACAU